AUGGCACAAGAUGCCGAAGACGGUCCAGAUUUCCUCGAUGUAGAACAAAAUGGGUGGGAUUUAAAUUCACCCCCUUACAACAACAAUACAAGUCGACCUCCAAUGAAUCAAGACGAAUUCGAUAAACGUUUCUGUUACCGGACUCCUCGAAGCUCAAAUAUUUUAAAAGAGCGGGCUUCAGCUUUGUUGCGAUAUUAUUAUAGACCUUGUUUGUCUACUAGAAGCUUAACAAUUUUCUUUUUAAACUUCUUCCCAAUUUUACAAUGGUUACCAAACUAUGAAUGGAAAAAUUGGUUUGCUUCGGAUAUUAUUGGGGGAAUUGUAACGGGUGUUAUGCACGUACCUCAGGGAAUAGCCUAUGCCCAAUUAGCUGGGGUUGAUGCUGUUGUUGGUUUAUACACUUCAUUCUUCCCUCCUUUAAUCUACAUGUUUUUUGGUACUUCUAGGCACAAUUCUAUCGGUAAAAUAAAUACUGUAAAUGCUCUAAAGAAAGCACAUGUGCUUCUAUUUUUCAAUCCUCUCGUAGGAUGUGCUUCUAUUAGAGACUGCUCUUCAAUUAGAGCUUUUACGACUUCCCCUCUUUCCCCUAUAAUUGUUUCUUCAACACUAGCUUGCUGCAUUGGUCUAGUUACUUUAGCAAUGGGGAUUUUAAGGCUUGAUAUGAUUAGCACUUAUUUUUCUGAUCAAGUAGUUGCUGGUUUCACUACGGGUGCUUCUGUUCACGUUUUUGCUGCUCAACUAAAAUUUAUUUUUGGACUUUCUAGGUUACCGGCGAGGUCUGGGGCUGGGAAUUUAAUUAUGUUUUUAAAUCCUUUGCUAAAGAAGAAUUUUAAAUUAAAUGUUCCCAUCCCCUUUGAAUUAUUUUUAAUGGUCCUCGGCACUUUUUUGUCCUUUUUAUUUCAUGGACAUUCCAAAUUUGGACUGGAAAUUGUUGAUCAUAUCCCUGCAGGAAUUCCAACUCCGAUAUUGCCUGAUUUAACGUUGUUGCCUGAAUUGCUUCCGGAUGCGAUUGCUAUUGCUGCUGUGGUUAUGGCCGUUCAUAUUUCCUUAGCAAAAAUCAUUGCAAAAAAGAAGUGUUAUCGUGUUGAUCCUGGACAAGAGCUUUUUGCCCUCGGAUUUUCCUCAACCCUUUCUUCCUUCUUCCCAGUCUAUCCCGUCUCUUGUUCACUCGGUAGAACUUUGGUUAAUGUCGAAGCUAACACAAAAACUCAGCUUUCCACAAUUUUUUCUUGUACUUUUUUGGCUGCCUGUAUUCUUUCUUCAAUUAUUAUCGUUGCACUUAAAGGCAUUUUUCGCAAGAUUGCCGACUUGCGAAGACUUUGGCCUCUUUCUCGAAUUGAUUUUUCAAUUUGGCUAGUUAGUUUUGUUUCGACUGUAUGUUGGGAUGUUAGUCAAGGAUUGGUUAUUUCUAUUGUUUUCCGUACCCAAUGGCCUCGUUGGCAUUUUUUGGCAAAUCUUUCCGGUACAAACGAUUUUCGAGAUGCAGAACGAUACGAGCUUAUACACACUUUUCCUGGAAUUUGUAUUUUUCGAUUUGAUUCGCCUCUACUUUUUACAAAUGUUGACAAUUUUAAAGAAACAAUUCACAAAGCUUUUCAACGUUGGAAACGUUAUCAGGGAGCUCAACUUGGAUUGCAUGUUGUGGGGAGUACUUUAAGGUUAAGACAAACAACUUCAACUCCUUCACUUCAAAUAUUUACAAAACUGGGUUCAAAUGGAAUUGUUGUCCCCGCUAAUUUGUCACCUAAAUCAAACUUGCAGCGAAAACGGGAUGAUGAUGAACAUAACCGUAAAUUUUUAAUUAUUGUAGUUUCCGGAAAUGUUAUUUCUGGAAUUUAUGUAUUAAUUUCGGAAUGUAGUUUCCGGAAUUGUUCCUUUGACAGUCCCCAACAUUUACAUUUUAUAGUAGAUUGUUCUGGUUUUACUUUUGUUGAUUGUAUGGGGGUUAAUGCUUUGAAGGAGAUUUUUACUGAAAUGCGUCAACAACGUGUUAGAGUAUAUUUUGCAGCGGCUAAAGCCCCAGUUCGCGAUUUAUUCGAAAAAUGCGGAUUUUAUGAAUAUGUCCCAAAACGCAAUUUUUACCCAACAAUUAGAGAUGCUGUUGCUAUUGCUAGAAUGAGAAGGAACGCUUCUUCACAAAAUUUAUUGGACGAAUCAGUUAUUCAUCGUGUAUAUGAUGAAAUUGAAACAAUGCAGAUAACACAACCAGAACAAUAA